GUGCUAAUGACGCCGUGAUUUACUGGGAGCGAAGAAAAAUCCCAUUUUGACGUAGUUUUGGGACUUGCGGCCGACACCGCCCCAAUAAAAACCUCGCCUUUGGUCCGGAGAUUGGACUCUUUCGAGCUCUCCUGACCUCCGAGCGACAGCAUUGUGCCCCCAGUUUGGGACUGGAGUUGGAGAAACCCUGGUUGCUCGAUCUUUUCGUGGACUGAAGGCCUCGGAUGGAUCUGUUUUUUUGCUCCGAGACUGGUGAUUAAAGGCUAGGAUGGUGCUGGGGAAUUGGAUCAAGAUCGUGUUUUUAUCCGUUUUCCUUUGCUGCUUCGGAUCGGUGGUGUUCGGCACAACCGAUGCCGGAGAUUACGCCGUUCUUGAUGAGUUCCGGAAGGGGUUGGCCAACCCGGAGCUCCUCAAAUGGCCCACGAACAACAGAGACCCUUGCGGCCCUCCGCUGUGGCCGCACGUCUUCUGCUCCGGCUCCCGCGUCGCCCAGAUCCAGGUCCAGAACUUGGGUUUGAGCGGCCCUCUUCCUCGGGACUUCAACAAGCUCUCCAUGCUGACCAAUAUCGGUCUCCAGAGGAACAAUUUUAGUGGAAAGCUGCCGUCUUUCAGUGGCUUGUCCAAUUUGCAGUAUGCAUACCUUGGGAACAACCAGUUCGACGCCAUUCCAUCGGACUUCUUCGUCGGGCUCACUAGCUUGCAGGUGCUGUCUCUGGACAUGAAUCCCUUGAACCAGAGCACUGGCUGGGUGCUGCCUCCGGACCUGGCAGACUCUGCCCAGCUGAUGAAUUUGUCAUUGGUGGGUUGUAAUCUCGCCGGCCCUUUGCCGGAAUUCUUGGGAACAAUGCAUUCUCUAUCUGUUCUGAAGCUGUCAUACAACAAUCUCACCGGCACCAUCCCAGCGAGUUAUUCAGGUCUGCCACUGCAGAUUUUAUGGCUGAACAACCAGAUUGGACCAAAAUUGACCGGCUCGCUUGAUGUCAUUGCAUCGAUGACAAUGCUGAAGGAUGUUUGGCUCCAUGGAAAUCAGCUCACAGGACCAAUCCCAAGCUCAAUUGGGGGCUUAACAUCUCUGACACGGCUGUGGCUCAACAAUAACCUGCUUGUUGGUCUUGUGCCUCAGAACCUGACAAGCUUGCCGCAGCUCCAGUCAUUGCAAUUAGACAACAAUAUGUUCAUGGGUCCGAUCCCAAAGGUGAGUUUCAACUUCACCUAUGCUUAUAACUCAUUUUGCCAGUCUACACCAGGAAUUCCUUGCUCACCAGAAGUCACCGCCCUUUUAGAGUUCCUUGAAAGAGUGAAUUAUCCAUCGAAGCUUGCAGCUUCUUGGUCUGGUAAUGAUCCUUGUGCCAGUUUGUGGUCUGGUGUGUCUUGUUUUGAUGGCAAAGUUUCUGUGAUAAAUCUUCCAAACUUACAAUUGAAUGGCACAAUCAGUCCAUCCCUCGGAAAAUUGAAUGAUCUUGUUGAUGUUAGACUUGGGGGUAACAAUCUUGAUGGCAUGAUUCCGGUCAACAUGACAAACUUGAAAUUGCUAAAAACUUUGGAUCUUUCUUCAAAUAACAUCUCUCCUCCUGUUCCACAUUUCCCUAGUAGCGUGAAAGUCCUUCUUGAUGGAAAUAAAUUGCUAGUUACUGCUAGUUCUCCAGAAUCUUCUUCAACUGGGAACAGUCCAUCAGACAGCUCACCGAACAAUACCCAAUCACAUAACUCACCUAGAUCUUCUGGCAGCUCAUCUCCUGAUGCUAAUUCAGGUAAUAGGUCAAGAGGUUCUAGGAAGUUGAAUCUCCUGAUUGUCAUUGUUCCAAUUGCUUUUGGUGUUUCUAUAUUUCUCUUGGCUGUUCUUUUCCUGUGCUUCUGGAAGAGAAGAAAGAGUGCCUUUCCGGCACCAAGCUCCAUUGUUGUCCAUCCCAGAGACUCGUCUAAUCCAGAUACUUUAGUCAAGAUUGUGGUUGCAAAUAAUGCCAGUAACAGCAUUGCUACUAAUGAAUGGCAAAGUAUAAACAGCAGUCAUACAAGUGAUACACACUUGAUUGAGUCUGGCAACUUAGUAAUAUCAGUUCAGGUUCUUCGUAGUGCUACUAGAAACUUUGCUUCAGAGAAUGUGCUUGGCAAGGGUGGAUUUGGUGUUGUCUACAAGGGAGAGUUGCAUGAUGGGACAAUGAUAGCUGUUAAGAGAAUGGAAUCUUGGGAGGCAUGCAGCCGAGGAGCACGUGGAGCCAAGAAGCAUGACGCAAGCGGGCUGGCCGCGCAGGUGUGGUCUCAGGAAGCAUGGAGCCGAGGAGCACGACGCAGGCGGGUUGACUGUGCAGGUGUGGUCUCAGGAAGCAUAAAGCCGAGGAGCACGACGCAGGCAGGUUGGCCAUGCCGGUGUGGUCUCGGGAGGCGUGCAGCCGAGAAGCUACUUGCGUUGUUGUCCCUUUAUACCAACUUGCCCGUGGUGGGGGACUGA